CCUUCGCGCUCGGCUCACCGCGCAGGCGCCCUAAGCCCACAGCUGGGCUCCCCUCCUGCAGCGAUCCCGCCGCGCUGUCAUGGCGCCGCCUCAAUCUCCGCCGCUCUGCACGUUGCCACCCGACUCGGACCCCCCACGCUUCGUGUGUUACUGCGAGCUGGAGGGGAGCGGGGACGGGGGCCGCGGCGGCUUCAACCUCUAUGUGACGGACGCCGUGGCGCUCUGGAGCACCUGCUUCUCGCCCGACAGCCUGGCGGCGCUGAAAGCCCGAUUUGGCCUAAGUGGGACUGAGGACAUCACCUCCCGGUUCAGGGCAGCCUGCCAGCAGCACACAGUAACUGUACACCUAAAGGAGGACGGAGCAUCACUGACCCUUUCCGAGGAUCCCUCCGCGCUGGCCUUUGACCUCUCCAAGGUGCCAGGCCCAGAGGCAGCUACCCGGUUGCAGGCGCUGACUCUCAGCCUGGCAGAGCGAGUGUGCAACCUGGAGAGGCAGCUGGCAGCUGCAGAAGAGAUAGCUGCCAGCCCCAGGAAGAGUCCCCGGCCAGCAGGGCCUCAGCUUUUCUUACCAGAACCCGAUCACCAGAGAAGCGGCCCUGGACCUGGGGUCAGAAGACGGUGUCCAGGGGAGUCGCUCAUCAACCCUGGCUUCAAAAGUAAGAAACCAGCUGGUGGUGUAGACUUCGAUGCCUGAAGGUACAGCAAAAUGUGGGACCUUGCCAGGAGCCUGCCUUCAUGGGAGGGGUAGCUCCAAGACCCCAUCAACCAGAGAUACUCAGGUUCGCUUCCGCUGCCUGGUCCUGCUGCUGGGCAGGAGUAAGACUGUGCUUUGCCUCACAUCCUUUCCACAUCAAAUAAACUGCUCCCUUGGGUAGAGAUGCUA